GGCGGGUCCAGCGGUGUAAAACCUAGCUGCUGGUUAGCUUCAGGUGGCUAAGCUAAUAAGCUAGUUAACUCUCCCCUACCUCUUCACGUCGCCGAACUUUGGACCUCUUUCUCCGGGUUUAAAUGGCCGGCGCCGCCCUGAAGUUAACCGCUCCCUGGCGCUUUGUGAAUCUAAGCCUGGGCAGAUUCUCCUCCAUCCCCAGCCUGAGGCUCCACACCGCUGGAUCUCCUAUGAUGGGUGCGACGGUGGAGCAGUUUGAGCAGGCGAAGAACAAGCUGUCGACGCUGAAGAACGACCCCGGGAAUGAGGCCAAGCUGAAGAUCUACGCUCUGUUCAAACAGGCCUCUCAGGGUCCCUGCAAUACCCCCAAACCCGGCAUGCUGGACUUUGUCAACAAGGUGAAAUGGGAUGCGUGGAAGUCUCUGGGCUCCAUCUCUCAGGAGGAAGCCAGACAGCAGUACUGUGACCUGAUUGGCUCUUUGGUGGUGGCAGAAGGCGGGACUUCUGCCUCAUUGGCUGCAGAGCCAGCUGGAGGCGGGAACAAGUAUGAGACCCUAAUGGUCACCAUGGAGGAUAAAAUCACCACCAUCAAACUGAACCGCCCCGCCAAGAAGAACGCCAUCACCACCGAGAUGUACAAUGACAUCAUGUCUGCUCUGGAUCAGGCAGCUAAAGACGACUCUGUCCUCACUGUUAUCACAGGAGCUGGAGAUUUCUACUGCAGUGGAAACGAUCUGUCCAACUUCACAAAGAUCCCAGAGGGGGGUCUGCAGGAGAUGGCCCAACGAGGAGGAGACCUGCUCAGGAGCUAUGUGAAGGCGUACAUCGACUUCCCGAAGCCGCUGGUGGCCGUGGUGAACGGACCGGCGGUCGGGAUCUCUGUCACCGUCUUGGGACUGUUCGACCUCGUCUACGCCACUGAAAGGGCCACCUUCCACACUCCCUUCAGUGCGCUGGGUCAGAGCGCCGAGGGAUGCUCCUCCUACACCUUCCCCAAGAUCAUGGGCACCGCCAAGGCCAGUGAGAUGCUGCUGUUCAACAAGAAGCUGACUGCGGUUCAGGCCUGUGAAGUGGGACUCGUCACCGAGGUAUUCCCGGACAGCAGCUUCCAGACGGAGGUGUGGACCAGACUGAAGGCCUAUGCCCAGCUGCCGCCCAAUUCCCUAGCUCUUUCCAAGCAGCUGAUUCGCUCGGCGGAGAAGCAGCGGCUCCACGAAGUGAACGACGCCGAAGUGGAGCGUCUGACGGAGCGGUGGACGUCCGACGAGUGCUUCAACGCCGUCAUGAGCUUCUUCCAGAACAAGGCCAAGCUCUGAGGUGUGUGAGAGGGGAGGUCACUUUAAAAUGGACUUUUAGACGGGGGUCCGACCCCAGAGAGGAGCGCUCUUCCUCCUGGAGGGUCAGGACGGAUCACAUUUAUUGUCCAGUUUCUGGUCCAAUAAAGGGACUCGCCGAGCACUGAACUAACGCCUGCAGGUCCUGCUGUGAGCUGCUUUGAUUUAAUAAAUAAUAUUAAUUAUCACGUACGACUGUAAUGUGAUUCGAUCUGUGGGUAAAGUGCCUUCAUACACUGUGUAAUAACAUAUUAAACUCAUCUGUGUCAAUAAAA